AUGCAGUAUGAUUACAAAGCGAGGAAUACACUAUCCGAACUUUGUCGUGGUCGGUAUCUCGAUAAUGAAGAAGAAUUAAAUUUAAUCAAUGAAUUUGAGCAAAACUACAAAAGUCAAUCAGCUGUUUAUUGGUAUACUAGAGAUUACUUUCUAUAUAAGACGAUGAAUAUUGCACUGAGAACACAAGAUAUGGAGAUCAUUAUGACAAUGGGAUUUUUUAUUCGUGAUCUUCAUGAACAAUUUGUAGUCAUGCAUAAAAAACAAGUGGAUCAACAAAAGGAAGUAUUGAUUUUUCGUGGCCAAGAUGUUUUAUUAAAUGAAUUCGACAAUAUAAGAAAAAUAUAG